AUGGCAUCCGUGCAACCACCGAACCCAUUACCGCCCGAUCAAAACGUCGGUCCAAUCCUCCUAGGCAUAUCGGGCACCUGUCUCGCCCUGGUGAUCAUCACCACUAGCGUUCGGAUCUGGGUACGCACAGCCCUACGAUCGUCGGGAUGGGACGACUACACCAUCGUCCUCGUCACGUUGCUCGGCGUCGCGCGGUUCGGCGUGCAAGUUGGGCAGGUCAGUAUUGGAAAUGGAAGGCAUAGAUGGUUUAUCGAGCCGGAAGAUUACGUGCAGAAUAACAAACUCGGGUGGGUAGCGCAGAUUCUGCUUUUUGCGAGUAUUUGUCUGCUCAAGAUUUCGAUAUUGUUGCUGUUGUUGAGGAUCAAGGAUUCGAGGAGGGUGAGGUAUGCGGCGUGGGGGAUCAUGGCGGGAUUGGCUGUUACGAAUUUUGGAUGCAUUAUUAUCUUGCUUUCGGAGUGCAGACCUGUCAGUGCGUAUUGGACUGGUGUUGGGGAGUGUUGGAAUCCACGGAUUCGAAUCUACUACAUUUACGCUACGAUUGCAUUUUCCAUUCUCACAGAUUUGAUAUGUUCACUGCUACCAGUCUUUGUAAUAUGGAAUACUAGCCUUCCAUUGCAGACGAAGAUCUCCGUUUGGGCCUUGAUGAGCUUGGGCCUAGUUGCCACCGGUUUCGGAAUCGCCCGUGCCACUUCCCUCGGCGUCGUGACAUCAGAUCUAAGCUGGGUCUACGCCAUUACAGCAAUCUGGUCAAACCUCGAACUCUACCUCGGCAUCGUCGGCGCCAACCUCGCUCUCAGCCGUUCAAUAUUCGCAUACUUCUUCCGCGAGGGCGGAACGACAAAGGGGUCUUCGUACGGGGGUAUGCCGCGAUCGACAUCGGCGUCGAGAAAUCUUAGAGUUCCGAGCUCGAGCGGCUUUCGAUCGGGGCAGAGUCGGAUCCAGUCAAGGGAUCAGGAUAGUGAGAUCUCGCUGGUGCAGACGACGAAGAAGCAGCCGAGUACGUGGUAUACGGAGGAGGGGGUUAGUGAUGAGAACUUGAGUACGGGGAAAGGGGGGAGGAGUGAUGGAUGA